UCCAGGGGGCGUGUCCCCGCUCGGAGGGCUGAGCUCCGCACCUCCAUUCAUUGGACAGGGAGCGCAGGUUAGACAGCAAGCAGCCCGGCUGGCCCUCCUCGUGACCCGGAUCACUCGACUUUCUUCCCUUCAUUCCUCUCACAUGAACCCUGGAUCGGCGCGCGGAUCUGGGACCAGCAGACCGGGACCGAACACCCGCGUUCCGACAUGGAGAUCGAAAGCAUCAUGGCCAACAACUCGCUCAUUAAAGCCAGAGAGGGCGGGGGGGGCAAAGGCCGCAGCCUCAAGUGGAGACACAUGCUGCGCUUCUCUCACGUGACUCAGUGCGCGGACCUGGUCAUAGCUCGGGACUACCUCCACCUGUGUGUGGAGCAGCCCAUCGGGAAGCAGCUGUUCCAGCUGUUCUGCCGCAGUCGCCUGGACCUGCAGAACUACAUCUGCCUGCAGGACGCUCUGGACGCCUUUGAGACCAAGUCGGAUGAGGAGAGGAAAGAUUUUGGCUUCAGCAUCAUUCAGAGAUUCCUCUGGAGUCAGGUAUGCCCACAACACAGAGAACACACACACACACACACAGACACACACACAGUCCCCGUGCUAAUGUCCCGGCCCGUGUCCCUUCAGUCCAAUCAGUGCGUGUCCAUCGUGCAGCAUCACGAGCAGAGCUGCCUCCAGAGUCUGGAGCUCGACCCCUGCAUGGACAUCUUCCACGAGUGCAGGGAGAGCCUCCACCAAUACCUCAGUGGAGAGCCGUUCCUCCAGUACCAGGACAGCAUGUUCUUCGACCGCUUCCUACAGUGGAAGAUGCUGGAGAGAAAGCCCAUCACUAAGCAGACCUUCAGGCAGUACAGACUUCUGGGGAAAGGAGGCUUUGGAGAGGUGUGGGCGUGUCAGGUGAGGUCCACGGGAAUGAUGUACGCCUGCAAAAAGCUGGAGAAGACUCACGUGAAGAAGAGGAAGGGCGAGAACAUGGCUCUCAACGAGAAACAGAUCCUGGAAGGGCUGAACAGCAGAUUUGUGGUGAACCUGGCGUACUCCUACGAGACCAAGCACAUGCUCUGCAUGGUUCUGACCAUGAUGAGCGGCGGCGACCUCAAGUUCCACAUCCACAGAAUCGGCGCCCCGGGUCUCAAAGAGGACCGCGCCCGCUUCUACGCCGCCGAGGUCUGCUGCGGUCUGAUCCACCUCCAUCAGAACGCCAUCUUAUACCGAGACCUGAAGCCAGAGAACAUUCUGCUGGAUGACCUCGGACACAUCCGCAUCUCCGACCUGGGCCUCUCGGUGAAGCUGUCUAAGAGCCGCGUGGUGCGAGGCAUGGUGGGCACGCUAGGAUACAUGGCCCCCGAGGUGAUCAGCCGGCGGCCCUACGGGGUGAGCGUGGACUGGUGGGGGCUCGGCUGCCUCCUCUAUGAGAUGACGGCAGGGCGCCCCCCCCUCCGCAAGGAGGGGGAGCACCUCAACCCCCCCGAGAUGGAGCAAAGGAUCCUGAAGGAGGAGCCGGAGUACGGAGACAAGUUCAGCGAGGAGGCGAAGGACCUCUGCUCCUCACUGCUCAUCAAGGACCCUCUGGAGAGGCUGGGCGGCCAGAGCUCCGGGGGCCAAGAAGUGACGUCGCAUCCCUUCUUCAAAGGGAUCAACUUUCGGAUGCUGUGGGCCGGACAGGUGGAGCCGCCCUUCAAGCCCGACCCCAGACUGGUGUACUGCAGCGACGUCCAGGACAUCGAGGAGUUCUCCUCGGUGAAGGGAGUCAUUCUGGACCAGAAGGACCACGACUUCUACACCAAGUUCAGCACAGGAAGCAACCCAAUACCGUGGCAGAGCGAGAUCAUCGAGACGGGAUGCUUCCGGGAGCUCAAUCAGUUCGGUCCAAAUGGAUCUCGAUCUCCGGACCUCGACUGGUCCCAGAACUCUGGGAUCCCCAAACGCAGCCUGCUGGACCGACUCCGCCGCAAACAGCAUCAUCAUGGAGAAGAAAGCAAACAGCCGUUGGUGACCAAUAGAACCCUCACCACGUCCUGGGUGGGGAGCUACACUCUCUGAGGGGGGGGGGGCGGAGAGAGAACACACGUUUUUUUGUGUUUUUCUACAAUUUUACACAUUGUAUAAAAUUAUGACUAAGUACUUCCUUUUUGAUACAAGUAGCACAGAAUACCAGAC